AUGUGGUUUCAGCCGUCGACGCCGGGCCAGCAUGGAGGCAGUAGAGGUGGUCCGGGCUCGGUGGGUCCAGGCUCGGUCGGCCCCGCAUCCGUCGACGACGGCAGCAUGAAGCACCUGAACAAGCAGCCUCGCAGCAACGGCACAUGCGGCCUAGAGUUGACGCGGAUGUUUCCGACCCCACCAUCUCUGGACAGCAAUCACAUGGUGCACUCGCCGUGCUGCCCAGCUGAGACGACGUCGCUCGAGGCGGGAGAGCCGGCUGUCUGUGAGAGGGCCACUACGGCUCUCGGCAGCCCGCAGUACGAAGCCAUCAAGGACUGGUCGUACGUGUACCGGCCCCCGACUGCGCACCGCUUCGUCAGCGCGUCCAAGUACGCGCCGCUGACUGCGCUGCCGAGCCACGCAUCGCAGCGCGAGCAGCCCAUCGCAGCGCUGCCUGAGUACAAGCCCUCGUGGCAGCAGUACCCGGCACCGCUCAUGAAGAAACACAUGCCCGUGUGA